CCGGUUUUGGGGAUCCCUGAGAGGACUUUGGGAUAAUUUUGGGAUCCCUGUGGGAAUUUCGAGAUUCCCGCAGGGGCUUGGGAUCCUUGAGGGAUUUUGGGGUGGCCCCUGUAGGGUGGAGGUAUUCCUGGACCCUCGUUUUAGGGAGCUGCGCUGGGGGUACCCUCACCUUCUCCCACACUUUCCCUUUUCUUCGGGAUAACCUUGGAUUCGGAGUUUCCCUGGAAUUCUCCUCUGGUUCCUCCUGAUCCUGGGGAUCCCCCAAUUUCACCUAAUUCCCACAGCCCCCCAGAAUCCAUGGAUUCCCUUCUUUUCCUCUGUGCACGCCGCGUCGUCGCCCGCCACCCUCUACCCACCCUUCCCACCGAUCUCUAUCCCGUCCUUUUCCAAGUGGCAUUCCUGGAUGGAAGACCCCUUGUCCUGCGGGAUUUGGUGGCCGCUUGGCCUUUCCCAGUGCUCCACUUCCAGCGGCUCGUAGGGCACCGGGACCUGCUCCGGGAUCAUACCUGCAAGCUCUGUGUCCAGGCUGUCUUCCAGGCCGUGGUGGCGCAGCUCCGGCGGGAGCUGGAAGAGCCCGGCUGCCAUUCCAGCCUGCGCGUGCUGGACAUGACCAGACUCUCGGAUUCCGUGUCUGGCCACACUCCCCCUGGGUUGACUGUCUGGUCCAGCACCAAGGCUUUGGCCAAGGCUUGCGUGGAGGUGUCCAAGCACCAGGGGGAAUUCCAGAAGCGCGGAUCCAAGCGGCACAAAGGCUCCUCCGGAGCCGCCACGGCUGUGGCCUCUCCGCAGCCUCCAGGCGUGGAUGUCCACGCUGACCUGUUUGUCGACAGAAGGUCCUAUGGGAUCCUGCGGGACGCGCUCCAGGCUGGAGCUGCCUGCCCGCUGCGCAUCAAGUGCCGCGAAUUCAAAGCGGUCGACAUUUCGGCAUCCGAGAUCGUGACUUUGUUGGAAUCUCUGGAUCCAUCCUGUCUGCGGAGGGUGGAACUUUGCUUCAACUAUUUCGGAUUGACCGGGCUUUCGGUGAUCCUGCCGCACCUCUCACGCUUCCCGGAGCUGCGCAGCCUCAAGCUCCGGUACAGCAACGUGGACCUGCGGCACCUGACGCCAGAAUCGGCCAAUGGAAUCCGCCGGGUCGCCAAACAGCUGGGAAUGCUGCCCUGCCUCCGGGAGCUCAACCUGGGAUCUUCCCAGCUCUCUGGGAAUCUGCGCCAGAUCCUCUGCGACCUCCAGGCUCCGUUGGAAAGCUUGGAGUUGGGCUCCUGCUCCCUCGCUCCUGCCGACCUCGCCUUCCUCUCCCAAAGCUUCCACGCUCCAGCCCUCAAAAAGUUGGAUCUGAGCGGCCUCAAAGUCUCCCAAGGCCUCCUGGAGCCGCUCCGGCUGCUCCUGGAGGAAACCUCGGCCUCGCUGCUGCACCUGGAUCUCCUGGGAUGUCACAUGGCCGACUCCCACCUGGAGGCGCUGCUCCCGACGCUCCGGCGCUGCUCCCGCCUGCGCUACCUGGGACUCUACGGCAAUUCCCUGUCCACGGCUGCGCUCAAGGGUCUGCUCCAGAAAACCUUGGAGCUGCUGGAUCUUAAACUGGUCGUGUAUCCUUACCCCAUGGAUUGCUACAAGCCUGCGCCAUCGGAAUUCGGUUGGGAUUUUGAAGAGGUUGUGGAUGAGGAGCUUUUGGCGGCAGACAUUGCGGAGAUUUCUCAGCUGCUGGAGAAUUCCGGGAGAACCGAUCUCAUCUGGACUUACAAUCCCUUCAGCCACGAAGCCCUGGACUACUUCUCCUUGUGAUUUGGGAAAACCUCCCAAGGAAGGAAAACGUCAGAGCCUUCAUCCUGAAAAAGCGCCGUCAUGUCCUACCCGAAAUCCAGGCAUUUUCCACCUCAUCCUACUGCUUUUCCGUCUCAUUCCAGUGGUUUUGUCUUUUAUUUUUGUUGCUUUUCUACUGACGAUUGAGAGAGAGACCCGGAGUACUGACUGGUGAUCAGAAUUCCAAUUUUACUGUGAGCUACAUAUGCUUAUGUACCAUUUUCAGGAAGGCUGGUAACUUUUUACUACAUUCAUUGGUUAAACAUCACACAGACAAACUUUACAUUUCUGCUUAAUCAUCUUUCCUGUCACCGCCUUUGAUC